AUGGAUCCCAACUUCCAACUCCUACUCGAUGAGAUCAAGUCCGUGAAGACCACAGUGAAUGGAGUCGAGAGUCGUGUCGAUGCCGUGGAGACAUCGCUGGGCAGCCGGAUCUCCGCCAUGGACCGUUCUAUCUCGGAUCGGUUCGGUCGCGUGGAGGGUGCCAUCCAGGUGUUCGACGAUUGGCGGCCUUCAGUGGAUGCGUCUGUGGAGGAGCUCCGAUCUAAGUCGCUCGACCAUCAUGGCCGUCAGUUCAGUUGGGAGCAGUUUUGUAAGUUGGUGCUUGAUCGCUUUGGGAAAAGUCAGUAUGAAGCUCUGAUUCGGCAGCUAUUCAGGAUUUGUCAGGCAUCCACCGUCCAGGAGUAUAUUGACAAGUUUUCAGAGUUGGUCGAUCAGUUGUUGGCUUAUACUUGGCACACAGAUCCCCUAUUCUUUGCGAUGCGGUUCAUGGAUGGCCUCCGUGAUGACAUACGCAAUGCCGUUCAUAUGCAGAGGCCAAAUUCCUUUGAUGAAGCUUGUGUGCUGGCCUUAUUGCAGGAAGAGUUGCUGGAAUCUACUCGGUGCCAAGAGGGUCGGCGCCCCAAACCUUUCACUUCCAACAAGUUUGCCGGCGUCCGACCCACUGUGACACAGAUUCCACUGGCUGCUGACAAGAAUGACAACGCUGCACUGGCGGUUGGAGCUGAGCGGCGUGGCCGUGGUGUGGAGGAUCGGCUUAACACUCUCCGUUCAUAUCGCCGUGCACGUGGUCUCUGUAUUCAUUGUGGAGAAAAAUGGUCCCGUGAUCACCGUUGUUCUGAAAACAUUCAGUUGCAUGUUCUACAAGAAUUUUGGGAUAUUUGUCACAAUGAUGCCAGCUCUGAUGACAGUCAGCCUGCUAAAGAGCCAACCGAAGCUCAGAUACUCUUGGCAGUGUCUCUUGCAGCUCUGAAUGGCAGUGCAACAGCAAGUACUAUGCAAUUCCAGGGAGCUAUUCAAGGGUUACCAGUUAAGAUUUUGUUGGACUCGGGCAGCUCUCAUACAUUUGUCAGUUUUGCUCUAAGCUCCAGGUUGACAGGACAAACUUCUCUACCGGUACCUCUCCGUGUUAAGAUUGCUGAUGGCCAGGUUUUGGACUGUGCUACCACUUUUCUGCAGUUGGAAUGGGAGGCACAGGGUUGCUCUUUCCAUACAGAUGCCAAAGUACUCCCUCUGGCUCACUAUGACUUGGUGGUGGGUAUGGACUGGUUGGCUCAGUAUAGCCCAAUGCAAGUUGAUUGGGCACAGAAAUGGUUGGUCAUUCCUUAUGAAGGCGCUUUCCGAACAUUGCAGGGGGAGCUACACAGCUUGCCUCCCGGCUCGGUAAUCCAGGUGACUACGUUGACGGAGGACAGCCCUACUUUUGCUACACCCACUCAACCGGCCGCUAUAACUCAGCUUUUGUAA